CUUACAUCAUCAGCAGGUUCUCGGCUGUCAGGCUUGAAACACAACAAGAGAUGUGGCAAGUUGGGAGCAAAGUUUUGCAAAAGAAGCCGCGAAGGAGCUGAAGCCGAGCGUUUAGAGGUAACGAGAAUUUCCUGGGAGAGAGGUGUCGGGAGUCAGAGGAAGCGACAUUGGACCCCGUCUAUGCGAUUAACCCCGACGCAAGCAGCAAUGGAUGAGCUGAAAGUGGUCGCUGGGAGUUUUGCUGUUUUCCAGUUUUUGUUUACUGUGGCCAGUCCUUACGUCUCACUCAUCAUCUCCCAGGGAUAUCAGCAUCUCCACCCUGUUAAGAAAACUGAAUGGAAUUCCAGGCUGGUGUCCACAGUACAUGCUCUAAUUGUGGGAACUCUCUGCCUUUACAUCUUGUGGUUUGAUGAAGCUGUGAAUAAAGAUCCAGUUUGGGGUGACCCCAGACUUGUGAAGCUGAAUGUUGCCAUAACCUGUGGCUACCUUUUAUAUGAUCUUCUGCUGUUGGCUAUGCACUGGAAAACAAUGGGAGAUGGGUUCUUUGUCUGUCACCACUUAGCAGCGCUAUAUGCCUAUGGAUAUGUGCUGGGACGAGGCGUUUUGCCUUAUUUUGCUAAUUUUCGCCUCAUAUCAGAGCUGUCAACACCAUUUGUAAAUCAGAGAUGGUUCUUUGAUGUCCUCUCCUACCCUCGAUCAGGACUCCAGGUGGUACUCAACGGUGCUGCAAUGGCUGUGGUGUUCUUUGUGGUGAGGAUUGCUGUCAUGCCCACCUAUUACAGUCGUGUGUGGUCUACAGUGGGCACGCCUGCCUUUGAAAGGUUGGGCCCUGGACCUCAGGUGGCCUGGAUCUUGUCGAGUGUGAGUCUUGAUGUCCUGAACAUUAUUUGGAUGUACCGCAUAACCCGUGGCUGCUAUCGUGUGCUGACUGGCAGCAAGUCGACGAGGACAAAGAAGCAGACAUCUGAUAUUGAAAACCAUAAGGACUGAGCAGUACAUUUAGGAACUAUGCCAGCCUAGUAUCAGUUGGGCAAUACUCUUUGAAGUACUGCCUCAGGCCGUAGAGUCUCCAGAAUUAAAGAAAUCAGCAUAGCUGAUUCAACAUGUGGGGUAAAGGGCAAGCGCAACAAUCAUGAGAAGACAUGGGGAACACCCUCUCUGCACCCACUAUUGGGAUUCAGUGUCCGAAAUUUUGAUUAAUUGCCCUCUGUUACUAUAAGGCUUUGAAACCAUACCACGUCAAAAAAAAUGGUGGGUCCUACAUGAUCAUAGUGAAGCUGACUUUAACCACUGUUUACCUCUUUAGGAUUCCAAAACAUAGUACCUUAGCAAGGUGUACUGAGAAUUCCUACCUCACAAAAGCACUGAGACUUCCUUUCGCUCUGUUAUGCUGCUCAGUAUUUUUAAUAAUAUUAUUAAUAAUAAUAAUAAUAUAUUUUAUUUAUAUAGCACUUUUCCCAUGCUUACAGAAAUCACAACAGGAUUUUUGGGAAUCUGCUACACUUAAAGUGUGUUAGUCAUAUAGAAAGGAUGAGAAACUAUUAAUAAAAUGAGAUAACAAGAAGGCAA